AACUGGAUUUUUUUCCUGCACGCCAUUCACGGUAUUUGUGAUAACGUUUAUCGAACAAGAGAAACGGCUUUUCUAGUGAGUUUAUGUGAUUAAUUAAUUUUUUUUUUCAAAACCAGAAAUAAAAGCACAUCUCCUCGUCCGGUGUUUUAUUUUUAGUUUUGUAUUAAAACGUGUAAACUUUCAUUAUUACUCUACGAGUAAAUAGGACAUUCGCCAACAUGAGUGACGAUGAAGUUGUUCAAAUAACCAACCUUUUGGAGCGCACGAUUUCUAAUGACAAAGAAGAAUUAAAUCAAAUACAAAAAUUCUUGGAACAUGCGGCGCAAACAAAUCUUCCUGGUUUUCUUAAAACUCUAUCAAAUGUCUUACUUUAUUCUGUCAACAAUCCGGUGGCACGCAUUGCUGCUGGCCUUCAAAUCAAAAAUCAUAUUACAUCGAAAGAUGAAGCAGUUAAGGUUCAAAUGAAGCAACGGUGGUUAUCUUUUUCUGAACAAGAUCGUUUAUUCAUCAAAGAAAACAUAUUCAAGGCCCUAGGUACAGAAAGUCGGCCUAGUUCUGCUGCUCAAUGUGUUGCUAAUGUAGCUAUUAUUGAGUUACCAUUGAAUCUUUGGCCUGGUCUUAUUGCAUUAUUAGCAACAAAUGUCACUGAUCCUAAUUCUUCAGAUGUUCUUAGAGAGGCUUCCUUAGAAACAAUAGGUUAUAUAUGUGCUGAAACUGAUCGUGAUGUAUUAAAAGCUGAGUCUAAUACAGUUCUUACAGCCAUUGUUCAUGGUAUGACCCAACCGAAUAGUCAUGUUUGCUUGGCUGCUACAACUGCUCUUUAUAAUUCAUUAGAAUUUACCAAAGGGAAUUUUGAAAAGAAAAACGAACGUGAUUACAUCAUGGAAGUCGUUUGUAAAGCUACUCAGUCUACGGACACUCAAAUUAAAGUCGCUGCACUUCAAUGUCUUGUUAAAAUUGUCUCUCUUUAUUAUGAACACAUGGAACUAUAUAUGACAACACUAUUUCCAAUUACUUUACAUGCUAUUAAAUCAGAAAUGGACGAAGAAGCACUACAGGGUAUUGAAUUUUGGUCUAGUAUUGCUGAAGAAGAGGCUGAAAUAGUGUAUGAGAGACAAUGUCAAGAACAAACUAAUGAAAAAAAACUUAUGUUGUAUGCUGAAGGAGCAUUAGAAUUUAUAAUACCAGUUCUCAUGGAAAAGCUCACUAAACAAGAAGAAGGCGACGAUGAUGAUGACUGGAAUCCAUGUAAAUCAGCUGGUGUCUGUAUAAUGUUGCUAGCCACUUGUUGUCAGAGCAAUAUUGUACAACAUGUAAUUCCAUUCAUAAAUGCUAAUAUCAGCAAUCCAGAUUGGCGUUAUAGAGAUGCUUCAGUAAUGACGCUUGGAUCUAUUCUUGGUGGUCUUGACCCAAAUGCAUUAAAAUCCUUAUUAGAACCUAAUAUUCCAGUUCUUAUACAUUUAAUGUAUGAUUCUAGUGUUGCGGUUCAAGAUACAUCUGCUUGGACAUUUGGUCGUAUAUUUGAAUUUGUACCAGAUUUAAUCAUCAAUUCUCCUUGUUUAAGUGAUGUACUUGGCGUAUUCAUUAAAGGUCUUAAAUCUGAACCUCGUGUUGCUACAAAUAUCUGCUGGGCUUUCAGCAGUCUUGCCCAAGCUACUGGAGAAGAUAUGAAUGUUUUAACUCCAUAUUUUGAUUACAUUGUUCAAGGCCUACUUGAAACUACAGAGAGAGGUGAUGGAAUGAGAUCAAAUUUAAGGUCUGCUGCAUAUGAAGCACUGAUGGAUAUGAUCAAGUGUUCACCAGCUGAUUGUUAUGAAACAGUUAAAAGUACUACGUUAAUUGUACUUAGUCGAUUAAACCAAAUAAUUACUUUACAAUCUAUGAAUGAAGAUUGUUUGGAUAUGCAAGGACUUUUGUGCGCAACAUUACAAAGUGUUAUAAGAAAAAUGAGCGGAGAAGAUGUAGAAAAAAUUGCUGAUGCCAUAAUGAAUGCCCUUUUAGUAAUGUUGAGUACCAGUAAAGACAGUGGUUUACAAGAAGAUGCAUUAAUGGCAAUAAGUCCUUUAGUUGAAAAUCUUGGAAAAGGAUUCAAUAAAUAUAUGGAAUAUUUCAAAACAUACUUAUUUAUUGGCUUACAAAACAAUAUGGAAUUUCAAGUAUGUCUAGCUGCUAUUGGUUUAGUUGGUGAUUUGUCACGGGCUCUUAGAGAAGAAUUGGCACCACAUUGCGAUCAGAUUUUUGCUCUACUUUUUGAAACUUUGCGUAAUAAUACUGUUAAUCGAAAUUUAAAACCACAAAUUUUGUCUACAUUUGGAGAUAUAGCUCUUGGAAUUGGUUCAGAAUUCAAGAAGUACUUGGAUCAUGUUUUGAAUGCAUUAGUUCAAGUAGCUCAACUUCAGUUAGAUCCCAAUGAUGCAGAAAUUGUUGAUUACUUAAAUGAACUUCGUGAAGGUGUAUUGGCUGCUUAUGUUGGUAUUGUACAAGGGUUGAAGGGUGAAGGGUAUACACCCAAUCAAGAUGUUUAUUUAUUAGAAGCACACUUACCAUUUAUGGUUCAAUAUAUGAUAUCCAUUUGCUCUGAUCCCAAUGCACAUCCAGGAAUAUUAAAGAGUUGCUGUGGUCUUGUUGGAGACUUGUGUACUGCUUUUGGUGCUAAGGCAUGCCCAGUACUAGAUAAUGGAGAAGUACAUGAACUUCUAUACAAAGGACGUCAAUCCUCAGAUAUAACUGCCAAAAGUCUAGCACGCUGGUCAGCAAAAGAGCUUCAAAAAAUCAAGACUCUUGCAAUGUAAAAUGUAUUUAAUUUUAAACGUGAGAUUCUAUCAAUCGUUUGUCUUCUCGUAUGAUUGUCUUUAUUUAGUGCCUAUGUAAUUUUUAUUGUAUAAAUGGAACAAAAACGUGUCUGUGAUUUUGUAUAAUUGAAUGAGUAAAUGUGCUACUCUGUAUUCGUAUUCCUACUAGUGUACGGAUUUUAAAGUUAAGUGAGAAAUUUUUUUUUAAUUUACAUUAGUUUACAAUGAUUGAGCUCAUUUACUCGGCUCGUAUGACUGACUGAUUAUCAAAUAAUAUUUGUUAAAUAUUUAACUUGUAUAUAAUAUUUGUUUAUAAAAUGAAAAAGCAUAAAGUUGUUUCCGAGUGUCCGUUUUGUUCCGCGUGCGUAUUUUUGUAUGAAUGCAAUAUUAUUUAUUUAUUAGGUAUCUCGUAUUUGUUUUCAUUGCCUGUCCGCCUGUCAUUGAAUAGUGUUUCAACAUCCAAUUAAUUGAAUAAAAUAUUUCAUAAAUAAAGAAAAAAUUUAUAAAUUAUAA